AUGGCUAGCAAAAGAAAAUCCACAACUCCUUGCAUGAUACCAGUGAAAACACUGGUGCUUCAGGAGACUGAACUGGACACUGUAGAAGAUGACAAUGAAGGAACAAAAGAGGAUGCUCCCGCAGAAGGGCCACCAGCUAGUGAUGCUGGUGCCAGUACCAGUAACAACGGAGCUUUGUCCAAUGGGCACCGUGGUAUUGCUGAUGGUGACACUUACAUCUGCAAGUCUUGUGACUUUGGGUCUCAAGAGGUUCAUCAGUUCUUUGCACACUUGGACUCUGAGCACUUAGACUUUAGCAAAGACCCUGCAUUUGCGUGCGGUGCCUGCAGCUUUCUGGCAAACAGCCAGGAAGGGCUCUCGCACCACAACGCAGAGUCACACGCUGGAGAAACCAACUUCAUCUGGAGGGUGGCUAAGCAGGACAAUCGUACAACUGUGGAGCAAAGUCUCUGUGAGGCCACCAGCAGCCAUGACCCUGCGGGAGAGGCCCCUGAAGAAGGGGUGGAUGGCCAGUCUGAAAUUAUCAUUACCAAAACUCCCAUCAUGAAGAUAAUGAAAGGCAAACCCGAGGCCAAAAAAAUCCACACGCUGAAGGAGAAUGUGUCAAGCCAGCUGGGCAGUGAGUUGGAGGUGAAAGAUGGAGAGCAUUCAUUCCCAAAUGGGUCUGUGCCAGUCAGCCAGCCCACUGCAGGUUCAGCAAAAUCUUCUCAUAUUGUGAAUGGCUCCAUCAUAGGAAAUGUGCCCGUCCUGCAGGCGGGCGUUGCACAGCUUGUAUCACUGCAGCAGCAGCCCCCGUUGCAUCAGCAACUGCCCACCUCCAAGUCCCUUCCCAAGGUGAUGAUCCCCCUGAGCAGCAUUCCAACCUACAAUGCCGCCAUGGACUCCAACAGCUUCCUGAAAAACUCCUUCCACAAGUUCCCCUACCCCACCAAAGCUGAGCUCUGCUACUUGACCGUGGUAACAAAAUACCCAGAAGAGCAGCUGAAGAUCUGGUUCACCGCCCAGAGGUUGAAGCAGGGUAUCAGCUGGUCGCCGGAGGAAAUCGAGGAUGCCAGGAAGAAGAUGUUCAACACGGUUAUUCAGUCCGUACCGCAGCCCACCAUCACGGUCCUGAACACGCCGCUGGUGGCCAAUCCCGGGACUGUGCCCCAUCUGAUCCAGGCCACAUUACCGGGCCAUGUAGUGGGGCAGCCAGAGGGGACAGGGGGGCUGCUGGUCACGCAGCCCAUCAUGGCAAACGGAUUGAAGGGCACCAGCUCCUCCUUCACCUUGUCAGUGACUUCUGUCCCCAAGGUGCAGUCGGCAGCACAGCACAGCACGGUGAGCUCCAGCAACACGUCAGGGGUAAAGGUGGUCAACAGCGGCCAGUCACUGCUCACCGCCUGCCCCACGAUCUCCUCCCAGACCUUCCUGGAUCCCAACGUCUACAAAAACAAGAAGUCCCACGAGCAGCUCUCAGCCUUGAAAGGCAGCUUCUGCAGGAACCAGUUCCCUGGCCAGGCUGAAGUGGAGCGGCUGACAAAAAUCACAGGCCUGUCCACCAAGGAGAUCCGAAAAUGGUUCAGUGAUAGGAGGUACCACUAUAGGAACGUGCGCGGCGGCCGGGCCGUGUUUCCUGGAGACAGUGCUCUCGAUUCGCUGCCUGAGAUAACCUUUGAUGCCUCAUCUAGAGGAGCUGAGCUGAGCCCUGCAGCGGCAGCAGCUGUGCCAGCCCCUCACCACCCGCCGCGGCGGCAGUCCUGGCACCAGGCACCCGACUUCACGCCAACCAAGUACAAGGAGCGGGCACCAGAGCAGCUGAAGGCCCUGGAGAGCAGUUUUGCCCAAAAUCCCCUUCCUGCAGAGGAAGAGGUGAACCGCUUGAGGGGAGAGACGAAGAUGACCCGGAGGGAGAUUGAUAGCUGGUUCUCUGAGAGGAGAAAGAAGAAGGUGGCAGAGGAAAAUAAGAAGGUGGAGGAGGUGACUCAGCAGGAGGAGGAGGAGGCAGAAAAUGGUGGUAGGGAAGGGGAGGACUCCUCAGAUGAGUUCAAAGCUGCAGGUGAAAAUGGCUCAGUCGAUGCCUCCAGCCUGAGCUCAGCCGAGCGCAAAGUGAGUCCCAUCAAAAUCAACCUGAAGAACCUGCGAGUGACUGAGUCCAAUGGCAAAGACGAGGUACCAGGGGCCAGUGCAAGUGAGAAAGGGGACGGCAGCUCCAGCCGGCCACCCACCCCUCCAAAAGCCAAACUGAACUUCAAGAAAACAGCCCAGCAGCGGCACCUGCUGAAGCAGAUGUUUGUGCAGACCCAGCGGCCCACCAACCAGGAGUACGACGCCAUCGUUUCCCAGACCGGCCUGCCGCGGGCAGAGGUCAUUCGCUGGUUUGGGGACAGCCGCUACGGCUACAAGAACGGGCAGCUGAAGUGGUAUGAGAACUACAGGAGGGGAGUUUUCCCCCCGGGGCUGGUGGAGGUCAGCCCCGCGGGGCGGGAGGUGCUGGAGGACUACUAUGAGAAGCACAAGGUGCUGCGGGACGAGGACCUGCCCACGCUCUGUGAGCGCUCCCACCUCAGCGCCCAGCAGCUCAAGGUGUGGUUCGCCAUGAAGGCGGAGGAGGAGAGCAAGGCCACUGGCCCCGAGGAGGCUGGUGGUGAGGCAGUGGGAAGCCAGAAAGCGCCCUGUGAGGCUGGCUCAGAGGUGUCGGAGAGCAGCGAGUCGUGGGAGCCGGGCGGCCAGGAAGGCAGUGCUGGGACUCCUGACGCUCCUGGCCCACCACCCCCUGCACGGCUUGAAACAGACUGA